GGAGGCUACAGAUGGUGAAGCUGACGGCGGAGCUGAUAGAGCAGGCGGCGCAGUACACCAACGCCGUGAGGGACCGCGAGCUGGACCUGCGGGGGUAUAAAAUUCCUGUCAUUGAAAAUCUAGGUGCUACCUUAGACCAGUUUGAUGCCAUUGACUUUUCUGAUAAUGAAAUCAGGAAACUGGAUGGUUUUCCUUUGUUGAGAAGACUGAAAACCUUAUUAGUGAAUAACAACAGAAUAUGCCGUAUAGGUGAGGGCCUUGAUCAGGCUCUGCCCUGUCUGACAGAACUCAUUCUCACCAACAACAGUCUUGUGGAAUUGGGUGAUCUGGACCCUUUGGCAUCUCUUAAAUCAGUGACUUAUCUAAGUAUUCUAAGAAAUCCUGUAACAAAUAAGAAGCAUUACAGACUAUAUGUGAUUUAUAAAGUUCCACAAGUCAGAGUACUGGAUUUCCAGAAGGUGAAACUAAAAGAGCGUCAGGAAGCAGAGAAAAUGCUCAAGGGCAAACAGGGUGCACAACUUGCAAAGGAUAUUGCCAGGAGAAGCAAAACUUUCAAUCCAGGUGCUGGUUUGCCAAAUGACAAAAAGAAAGGUGCGCUGUCUCCAGGGGAUGUGGAAGCAAUUAAGAGUGCUACAGCAAAUGCGUCAACUUUGGCUGAAGUGGAGAGGCUGAAGGGCUUGCUGCAACCCAGUCAGAUACCUGGCAGAAAACGCAGAUCAGGCCCCACUGAUGAUGGUGAAGAGGAGAUGGAAGAAGACACAGUCACAAAUGGGUCCUGA